CACACACUCAAUGGGGAAAUGGGGAGGGUGAUGUGUGUGCAAACUAGGGACGAUUCCAUGCAUAGGGGGGUCUUCUCCAGCAGGCACUCAGGGGCAUCACAGGUAGCUAUACUCUGGGCACGCCAUGGGGUGGUUUAAGAAAGUGUAGUCUAGGCGUGUAGUAGGGCAGUUCAUGACCCGGGUGGUCUGUGCGCAAAACAGGGACAGCUCAGGACACGGGUAGUCAGUGCACACAUCAGGGACAGUUCAAAACAUGGGUGGUCGGUGCACACAGCAGGGACAGUUCAAAACACGGGUGGUCGGUGCACACAGCAGGGACAGUUCAAAACACGGGUGGUCGGUGCACACAGCAGGGACAGUUCAAAAACACGGGUGGUCGGUGCACACAGCAGGGACAGUUCAAAAACACGGGUGGUCGGUGCGCACAGCAGGGACAGUUCAGGACACCGGUAGUCUGUGCGCACAACAGGGACAGUUCAGGACACGGGGGAGGUCGGUGCGCACAACAGGGACAGUUCAGGACACGGGUAGUCUGUGCACACAACAGGACAUGGGGGAGGUCGGUACGCACAACAGGAAUAGUUCAGGACACGGGUAGCCUGUGCACACAAUAGGGACAGUUCAGGACACGGGGGAGGUUGGUGCGCACAACAGGGACAGUUCAGGA